CCUACAACGACUCUCGGCAGGUGGCCAUGAACGAAUUCUGCCAGCCGGGCCGUUACAACGAACAGCCGGACAACGGGGUCUUGAACUACCCCAAGAGGGCCUGCCAGUUCAACCGCACGCUCUUGAGGGACUGUUCGGGACUCAACGACUCGACUUACGGCUACCAGGAAGGACGGCCUUGCAUCCUGGUCAAAAUGAACCGGGUCAUCAAAUUCUACGCAGGCGCCAACCAGCCCAUGAACAUCUCCUGCGCGGCCAAGAAAGAGGAGGACGUGCAGAAGCUGGGAGAGAUAGCCAUGUUUCCCGCGGAGGGCCACAUCGAUCUAAUGUACUUCCCGUAUUACGGGAAGAAAGUUCACGUCAACUACACCCAGCCCGUGGUGGCGGUCAAGUUCCUCAACCUCACUUUUAACCACGACCACAACGUGGAGUGCAGGAUUAACGCCGCCAACAUUAAGACCGACGAACGAGACAAGUUUGCCGGACGCGUGGCUUUCAAAAUCCGGGUCAACAAAGACUAA